AUGAGGGGCUACUUAACUGACAAAGCAGAUGUUUAUAGCUUCGGAGUUGUCCUUUUGGAGAUUGUCAGUGGAAGGAGUAACACCAGUAUUAAACCAAAGCAGGAUUGCUUCUAUCUUCUUGACUGGGAUGAAAGGAAACUAAUGGAACUAGUGGACCCAAGACUCGGAUCAAACUUCAACAAGGAAGAGGUUAUACUGACAAUUCAUGUUGCCCUUCUUUGCACCAAUGCCUCACCGACCAUUAGGCCUAGCAUGUCAACCGUGCUUCUGUUUGGCAUGUUUUUGACUUGGAAUAUAGUAGUAUUGCUCUGCAACUACCUCUUCUUAAUAAUACUCAGAAAAAUGUUUCUUCGGGGUCGCCUUGGAUUUUCAGUUGCUUCAGCUGCUGCAAUAGUAUUCACCUUCUGGCCGGUAAAGCUUGCUUCAGGAGCCACUCUUGUACCAGAUGAAGUGGACGUUUUGAGGGAGAUAGCAAAAACAUUAGGGAAGACGGAUUGGAAUUUCGGAGUAGAUCCCUGUAGUGGAGAAUCAAACUGGAGAAAUGCUACUGCACCAAAAGAGUUUGCGAAUGCGGUUACUUGUGAUUGUUCCUUUGAAAAUAGCACGACCUGUCAUGUCGUUAGUAUAGUAUUGAAAUCACAGAGUCUUCCAGGAGAACUGCCACCAGAAUUGGUCAAACUCCCUUACCUCCGAGAGUUUGAUGUCACUCGGAACUACCUUUCUGGUAACAUCCCUCCAAUAUGGGGCACCAUGCAGCUUGUUAACAUUUCUCUCAACAGUAACCGCAUAUCAGGAACAAUACCAAAAGAACUUGGAAACAUCAGCACCCUUGCAAAUCUAACCUUGGACUUCAAUCAGUUGUCUGGAACUUUACCUCCAGAGCUUGGGAACUUAUCCCGCUUACAGAGACUAACUCUUACCUCGAACAAUUGGACCGGAGAGUUGCCUAGAACAUUGGCUAACUUGACUGCUUUGAAGGAGUUCUGGAUUGGUGACUGCAAUUUCACGGGGAGUAUACCUAAUUUUAUCGAGUACUGGAAAAGUAUUGAAUAUCUAGUGAUCCACGGUAGCGGUUUAAAAGGGCCAAUCCCACCUGGCAUUGCUUCCUUAACAAAUUUAACUGACUUGAGAAUCAGUGAUUUGAGUGGAAAUGACACAACUUUUCCUAACCUUCGCGGUGCAACUAAUAUGAUGACUCUGGUAUUAAGGAGUUGCAAUAUAGUUGGGCAGUUACCAGACUAUCUUGGCUCACUGACAAAAUUGAGAGUCUUGGACUUCUCCCUCACAAUAUGCACAGCCUUAUACUCUUUUGCUAAUGCAAAGUUGAUCGCUCCUCAGAACUGGCUACUGAUGACUGCCCUUUGUUGGGAACGCAACAAUAAGCAAUUCAAGGAUGAUACAAUAGCUGUACUCAAUGUUAAUCAACAUUACAAGAGGGAUCUGGUGGAUUAUUUAUUUGAUUUCCUUACAUUUUGGAAAGACUUUGGCUCUAUUAUUCAGGACCUUAGUUUUAACAAAAUUGAUGGACCAAUUCCCAGAAGUUUAGAUGCCCUAUCAAACACAGUUUACAUUUAUCUCACAGGGAACAACUUCACAGGAACCAUUCCUGGUUGGAUGCUCGAUACGGGAGAAUAUGUAGACCUUUCCUACAACAAUUUUUCUCUAGCAAAUUCAGGAUCCACGAGAUGCCAAGCCGGAAACUUGAACUUGUUUGCAAGCUUUUCAAAGAACAAUAAAUCGAGCACCUUUUCAUGCUUGCAGAGUUUCCGCUGCCAGCAAAACUGGUCCUCUUUACAUAUAAAUUGUGGUGGAAAGGGAGUAAAAAUUGGUGACACAAACUACGAUGAUGAUACACAACCUGGAGGGCCAUCAAAGUUGUACCAGAGUGGAACAAAUUGGGCAUUCAGUACCACUGGUCACUUUGCCGAUGAUAAUCACAAUGUGGACUCGUAUAUUAAUAGUAGUGAUUCUGGAAUUUUUGGGAAUGAAAUGCAAUUAUACUCGGAUGCUCGACUAUCUCCUCUUUCAUUGACGUAUUAUGGGUUCUGUCUGGUAAAUGGAAACUACACAGUGAAACUUCACUUUGCUGAAAUUAUGUUUACUGAUGACAGAACAUAUAGCAGCCUUGGAAGGCGCGUAUUUGAUAUAUACAUGCAGGGAAAAUUGAUCCAGAAAGAUUUCAAUAUUGAGAAUGCAGCAGGUGGAGUCAAUAAGCCUGUAGUUCUAAAUUUUACUGCUGUAGUAACUGACAGCACUUUAGAGAUUCGCUUCUACUGGGCUGGAAAAGGAACCACGGAUAUUCCCCAAACAGGAGUGUAUGGUCCUCUGAUUUCUGGAAUUUCUGUGGAUCCUGAUUUUCCGGUACCUUCAGAACAUGGCUUAUCAGUAGGCGCCAUAGUUGGGAUUGUACUCGCAGUUUUGGUUAUCAUAUCUGUGGCUCUAGCCAUUCUUUGGUGGAAAUUUGGUCCGCAACUCCGUCAAACAAUGCAGCUAGAUUUUAGAAGUCUAGACCUGCAAACAGGAUCUUUCGCCCUGAGACAAAUCAAGUACGCAACAAACAAUUUUGCUUCUGCCAAUAUAAUUGGAAGAGGUGGCUUUGGUUCUGUCUACAAGGGAAUUCUGCCUGACGGCACCGUCAUUGCAGUAAAACAGCUUUCUUCCAAAUCAAACCAAGGAAACCGCGAAUUUUUGAAUGAAAUAGGCAUGAUUUCUGCUCUACAACACCCUAAUCUCAUAAAGCUCUAUGGAUGCUGCAUUGAGGGAAACCAACUGUUGGUUGUAUACGAGUACAUGGAAAAUAACAGCCUCGCUCGUGCAUUGUUUGGUCCUGAAGAGCAACAGUUGGAAUUAAAUUGGCCAACAAGGCGCAAGAUCUGCCUUGGUAUAGCAAGAGGUUUGGCUUUUCUGCAUGAAGAAUCGAGAUUGAAGAUUGUCCAUAGAGACAUCAAAGCCACCAAUGUGCUAAUUGAUAAGGAGCUAAAUCCCAAGAUAUCUGACUUUGGCCUGGCGAGACUUCAUGAAGAAGAUGACACCCAUAUAAGUACUCGUGUUGCUGGAACCUUUGGAUAUAUGGCACCUGAAUAUGCAAUGAGAGGCUACUUAACUGACAAAGCGGAUGUCUAUAGCUUCGGAGUUGUUCUUCUGGAAAUUGUCAGCGGAAAGAGCAACACUGGUUUCAAACCAGAGGAAUGCUUCAAUCUUCUUGGCUUGGCUCAUCUCUUGAAGGAGGAAAUGAAGCUGAUGGAACUAGUUGAUUCCAGAUUGGGAACAGACAUCAACGAACGUGAGAUUAUGUUGACAAUUGAAAUAGCCCUGCUUUGCACCAGUAUCUCUCCGGCCGCUAGGCCUAGUAUGUCGACAGUGGUGAGCAUGCUGGAGGGGAGGGUAAAGGAUCAACAGUUGAUUCCAGAAUCGAGCGUUUUGGGUGCAAAGGUGAAGGAAAUCAGUGAUGAGCAAUACCUACUAACAACCUUCAAUGAGAGCCAGCUGCAGAGCACGUCAAGUGACCGGCCAUUUACUGCAUCUCCAGCAUCCGCACCAUUUACUGCAUCUUCAGCAUCUGCUUCUGAUCAAUCCAAAGAGUGAUUUUCUGGACAACAGGUUAUAAACUUAUACGAGGAAACAUCUUGUGCAAGUAUUAUCUGUAGAGUUUGCGGGAACAGUUAGUUGCAGAUUUUGUAAUAUUGCAUAUAAUUGUCUUUAAUUCUAGAUUUUACAUUUACAGUUCAUCAAUUAGUAAAAUUGUAGUUUG